UAAGCACACAACUUAAACCAAAUCACAAGCAAGGAAAUGGAUCCGAGCUUCAUCGGAACUACUCCUUCUACUGCGGAGAACCACCACCACACUUCCAAUUGUGCUGACACCAUGGAGUUCGACGAAAGGUUGGAUAACUUGCUUCGGCGGGAUCUUAGUGAGUUCGACUUCAGCCUCUUUGACAUCCCAUUACCGCUUUCUUCACAGCAGCCGGUAACAGGUGGGAUGCCUAUUGAUCCGGUUCCUGCACCUGCACAGCCGCCACAGUUUCAGAGCUUCUCUAAGGUAUCUGAUAAUGUCAAUUUGAUAAAAACUAACCGUGCCCUGGCUGCAUAUGGUAGAAACCGCGGGGGCGAGACUGUAUUAGGCCACCGCCAUGACAGUAACCGUGUUUGUCUCAGCAGCGGGUCCUCAGCGCCAUCGUCUUACAAGAAGAGGAUGGUUAUUCCCGCAGAAAAGCUUGCGGAACUUGAAAUUGCUGAUCCCAGAAAAGCACAGAGGAUUAUUGCUAAUCGGAUCUCGGCAAAAAAAUCCAAGGAAAAGAAAAAAAAUUAUGAAAAAGAGUUAGAAAAGAGGGUUGAGUUGCUUCAGAUCAAAGCAGAUACUGUAACUGCCGAGCGUAUGAUGGCAAUGAAUGAAGCUAUGGAAUUAACUGCUGAGUACAAGAGAAUCAAAGACCUCAUACAAUCUAAAUUACAGCAUCAAGAACAACAAAGAGCUGUCAUUGAAUUGAUGAAGGAUGAAGCAAAUAUUCUUGAGAUGCAAAUUCAUGAACUCAAUACAGCAAUGGCUGAUUUAUCUUUUGGUGAACCAGCCUCUCAAUCCCAGCUUCAGAUUCCUCCUCAGCCAGAAUUCUACACACCGCCGCAGCCGCCUCUGGUUCCUCCUCCACCAUCUUCAUUUGGCGAGCCUUUACUUCCUCCUCUACCAUCUUCCCUUGGCGAGCCUUUACUUCCUCCUCUACCAUCUUCCUUUAGCGAGCCUUUACUUCCUCCUCCACCAUUUCCGAUUGGCGAGCCUUUAGAGCCUUUAGUUCCUCCUCCGCAAUCUCUCUUUGGUGAGCCUUUAGUUCCUCCUCAGACAUCUCCCUUUGGUGAGCAUUUACUUCCUCCUCCGUUAACUCCCUUUGGUGAGCCUUUUAGUGAUCAUUUUAUUGGCACCAGCUUUUCAAACAAUCCAUGGAACUAGUAUAAUCUUGGGGGCAGGGGUAAUCAUCAUUCAUCACUAGUGACAUCUUUUGUGUAUUGGCAUAUAUAUGUAUGGGUGAAGCUUGUGAAUGACAUCUUUUCUGAUGCACUUUGUUGGAGCAUGAAUAAGCCAAAUAUUAGAACUCGUAAGAGAUUCUGAUAUUAUUGUAACCUCAAAAUUUUAAAUUAUUAAGUAAAUGAAUUGCUUUUACAUUUCUAA